AUGAUGGACUCGACCGGAAGCGGAAUUGAUGUUGUAAAAAAAGAAUAACGUGUCGAAAAUGUCCAUGCUUGCAGCCCCACGUCGAAAACAAAAGUUUUCGGCAGAUCCCAGAGGAAAUAAUUGGAGUAAAGAUGGAUCAAAGUUUGGUCAGAAGAUGCUGGAAAAGUUCGGCUGGGCAAAGGGUAAAGGGCUCGGAGCAAAUGAAGAUGGAAAAGUAGAUCAUGUGAAAAUAUCUGUGAAGAACGACACCAGAGGUGUUGGAUGCUCCCGGAAUCAUGCAGACAAUUGGAUAGCCCACCAGGAUGACUUUAAUGACUUGUUGUCGAGUCUGAACCAGGAUGCCCCUGAAAAGAACAACAGUGACGAGGAUUCCUCUGAUAAAGUCACCGGACUUGAGAGCAAGUCUAAAGCUUCACGCAGUAGAGUACACUACCAAAAAUUCACCAAAGGGAAGGAUUUGUCAUCGAAAUCUCGAGAAGAUAUGGCAUGUAUAUUUGGAAGACGCCAGGUCAAACCUGAGGCAGACCUUACCCCAUCGUCUGAGGAUGAUAGCAGUUCCUCAGAUACCGAGAAUAAGGCAGAACACGGAGUGAUCACCGUACAAAGUACUGACAGUGUACAGGAUUACUUUGCCAAAAAAAUGGCCGAAAGGAAGGCUUCCAUGACAUCUCUAAGCACGAUUGACAAGUCUGAGGACGAAGAGAGACCAAGUUUUAGUACAAGUACCGACUCGAUUAGCAAUGAUGCUGACGAAAACAAAUCAGUGAAAAAGAAAGUGAGAUUCAGUUUAGGAGACAACGAGGAGGUUUAUGGUGAUACAUUAGUAGCAAAGAAAAAGAAGUCAAAGAAAAAAAGGAAAAAUAAAGAUGAUGAAGAAUUUACUGAGGAAACAAGUGACACUACAGAGGGUUCAAAUCUGGAAAAUCGUGGGGAGGGAUGCGAUGUCAGUGAGGAUGACAAGUCGAAAAAGAAACGGAAACGUUCGUCAGAGUCACAAGUUGAUGAGGAAUCUGAGGGUGUAAAGAGGAAAAAAAGCAAGAAAAAGAAAAAAGAAAAGAAUACAGACAGUAUAAACGAUAAAAAUUCUGUAGAAAGUGAUGAAAUAAAUUCUAUAAACAAUUCCGACCAGAUGGAAUGUGAAACUGAAGACAAGGCUAAGUCCAAGAAAACAAAGAAAAAUAAAAAGGCAAAGGCUGAAGACUCUCUGACUGAAGGAAAUAGUGACAGUCCCACAGAAACACAGACUCUGGCAGGAGAAAAGCUUGGUUCAACCGACAGUUGGCCUAUAAAUGAUGUAGGAUCAGUGAAAGAUCAAACAAAAGUUAUAUUACCAAACAGAGUACUUAGAAAACUUAAAAAAAUCGAAAAAGCUAAGAAACAAUUUGUGCUGGCACAAAAGUCAGGUGACAACCAGGGGCCUGUGGAAUCUAAAAAAGAUGUGUCUGUGUCGGGUACAGGACAAAAAAAUGAAAAAGAUGUGUCUGUGUCAGGUACAGGACGAAAAAAUAAAAAAGAUGUGUCCGUGUCGGGUACAAGACAAAGAAAGAGACGUUACAAGCAGAAAAAAGAUAGUACAACAACACGAAAUACACCUGGAGGAUAUUUAGGGUAUUGUACGACACCAUCAGAUUUUAAACUCAAUAACAGGAGCAAACAAUUGGUGGCCGAGAUAAAACAAUAUGGCCGAGCAUUUCCAGGAUCCAACUGUAUAGAGGUGGCAGGCUACGGCAAAGAUUCUAUGGUGGUUUUGGCAAAUAAAAUUAUUGAAAAGAAAAUGAAGCAUGUAAAGAACAAAAGCUUAAAAGCCAAACAGAACUGGUGUCGACCAAAAAAACCCAAAAAGCAAACACGAAAAAGAUUUUAGCUCCAACGAUCUGACAGGCUAGAGCUAGCACUGGUGCUUUCCAACAGGAAAAAUAGAGAUUUAGAUACAAUUUUCAAGCUAAAACUUCCGUGUCCGUCAAAAAUGGCAAUAGAUACAACCAGUUUAGAAAAAGUGGUAAAUGAGAUAAUCUGAAAAUUUAAAAAUUCAAAAUACUUAAAAAAAAAAGUUUGAUUUUUCUCCUUCUUGAGGAUAAAAAGGUAAUUGUGAAAAAUCGAUAGCAAGAAAUCUUGAAAGAUUUAUAGAGAAAAUUCUGGCCAGUUUUAUAAUUUUUUGUGCGAGAAUGAUUUGGAAUAACUAGAGAAAUCAUCAGCUUCCUAGGACAAGGAGUUCAUUUAGAAGUUCAGGUGACAUAACUGAUCUGUAAUUACGUAUACCCCUGAUACAUGUAUUUUGUUCCUGUUGAAGGGAUAGUUGGAAUUAUUUGUUACACACAUUGUUACGUUAGUGCUUCAAAUUAAAGGUUUUAUGGAAAUGUAAACUAUUUAAAAUAAAAAAAAUCCUAUGUUUGA